ACCACCUAAGCUCCCGAUAACUGCUCCCCUUCGCCAUUUAUGCGUACUCUGUUCCCUUUAUUGAUCAGGUCAGGUCCAAUGUCAAAAUCUGAUCUGUCGUCUCAACGCACCGCAUUUGCUUGCCCAAGCGGACAUUAGAUCGAUGAGAGAAGAGAUCUGUAAGCUAACUCAACUCUUAUCUCCUUUUUCCCGCUACACCAACGAAAUAAAAGUCGAUGGAUCGGGUGCUGAAAGCUGCAAGAACCUCCGGUUCUCUCAACCUAUCAGAUCGCUCUCUCAGGGAAGUGCCCGAGGAGGUAUACAAAAGUUUGGAUGCAGUUGGGGAGGGUGAAAAUUGGUGGGAGGCCGUGGAGCUGCAGAAGCUCAUCUUGGCUCAUAACAAUAUUGAAUCGUUAAAAGAAGACGUAAAAAAUUUACCUCUAUUAUCUGUUCUGAAUAUUAGCCACAACAAGCUUUCUCACCUUCCAGCUGCCAUAGGAGAGCUCCAGAUGUUAAAAUCAUUAGAUGUGUCCUUCAACCUAAUACUCAAUAUACCUGAAGAAGUUGGAUCAGCAACUUCUUUGGUCAAGUUUGAUUGUUCAAAUAAUCGAUUAAAGGAUCUCCCAAGCUCCCUUGGAAGAUGUUUAGAAUUAUCAGAGCUCAAGGCAUCGAACAAUUCUAUAACCAGCUUGCCUGAAGAUCUAGUGCACUGUUCAAAGUUGACAAAGCUGGAUGUGGAGGGAAACAAGCUAACAGUGUUAUCUGGAAAUACAAUUGCAUCAUGUACCAUGCUUACAGAACUCAAUGCAUCAAAAAACUUGCUGAGUGGUAUACCGGAGACCAUUGGAUGCCUUUCACGUCUCAUUCGUCUUGACCUUCAUCAGAACAGAAUUUCAUCAAUCCCGUCAUCUAUAAUGGGUUGUUCUUCCCUUGUGGAGUUUUACAUGGGAAACAACAUGCUGUCUUCAUUACCAGCAGAAUUAGGAGCGCUUCCUCGCUUAGGGACAUUAGAUCUUCACUCAAACCAGUUGAAGGAGUAUCCGGUGGAAGCGUGCAAAUUGCGUCUUUCCGUUCUGGAUUUAUCAAAUAAUUCAUUAUCUGGCUUGCCUUCUGAGAUCGGCAUGAUGACAACUUUGCGAAAACUUUUGCUGACUGGCAAUCCUUUGCGAACACUUCGAAGCUCAUUGGUAUCUGGACCUACAACUGCUCUAUUGAAGUUUCUUCGAAGUAGACUCCCAACUGAUGAAGACUCUGGAGGUACUGCCACAAUAAAAGAGGAUGUAAUUGCUAAGGCAUCUCGAUUGUCCCUCACUUCAAAGGAACUUUCUUUAGGAGGGAUGGGUUUGAAUGCUGUCCCAUCAGAAGUGUGGGAGUCAACUGAAAUCACAAAAGUUGAUCUUUCUAGGAAUUCAAUUGAAGAGCUACCUGUUGAACUAUUGUCAUGUGUUUCCCUUGAGGCUUUGAUUUUAUCUAGGAACAAGAUUAAAGAGUGGCCACAUGCAAUUUUAAAGUCACUUUCUAAUCUUUCAUGUUUGAAGCUGGACAAUAAUCAACUCAGACAGAUUCCAUCGGAUGGCUUUCAAGCUGUGUCCAAGCUCCAAAUUCUGGAUCUAAGUGGUAAUGCAGGUUCUCUACCAGAACAUCCAGCAUUUUCUAGCUUACCACAGUUGCAGGAGCUUUACCUUAGACGGAUGCAGAUAUCUGAAGUCCCAUCAGAUUUAUUGAGCUUACAACAAUUGCGGGUUCUUGAUUUGAGCCAGAAUUCGCUUCAUUUGGUCCCAGAGGGGUUCAAAAAUCUUACUUCUCUCACGGAGCUUGACCUUUCAGACAAUAACAUUAGUGUGCUUCCCCCAGAGCUGGGUUUGCUUGAGCCCAGCCUACAGGUACUGAAACUUGAUGGAAAUCCACUGAGAAGCAUCCGAAGGGCGAUUUUGGAUCGAGGAACUAAAGCUGUUUUGAAAUAUUUGAAGGACAAGAUUUUAGAACACUAGUUUGUUCGCAUCUCUUUUCUUCAUUUCCUUCCUUCUGUGCGUGUUUGUAUUAUGUGUGUUUUACUUGCAGGAGCAUUAUUAUUAGUACUGUAUUAUUUUGUGGUUGAGCGUAUUGGAGUGAGACAUAUACCUUUGCUGCAUUUUUUUUUUUUUUUUUCCUUUGGCCGGUCAACAUCUGCUACUUUCAAGUGAUCUUGUAAUAAGUUUGAUUUGAUAAACAAAAGUACUUGUAAUUACAGCUAAGCCAAACUUAAUUAUA